AAUUUGAAUUCAUGUUUUUUGGGCCUUAAAAUACCCCCACAAAUCUUCUCAUCACCAUGCAGCAGAACUUAGUUGCAUUACGCAGAUUAUUCAUCCUGCGAUGGAAACCAAAGAAACUGUUAUUUUCGCGAUUCUUUUACUCUCCGUUUGCUCUUUUGAUGUUCAUGGCCUUAAAACCUACAUAGUUCAACUCCAUCCACAAGGUGCUACCAGUUCUCUUUUCGCCUCAAAGCUGCAUCGGCACUUGUCGUUCCUUGAGAAGGCUGUUUCUGCUAAGGAAACACCGUCUUCUCGCCUUCUGUACUCUUACCAUUCUGCUAUAGAAGGCUUUGCAGCUCAGCUUUUGGAGUCUGAGGUGGUUGCUUUACGUAAAUUGCAUGAUGUUAUUGCGAUAAGGCCUGACAGGCGAUAUGAAGUUCAAACUACUUACUCGUACAAGUUCUUGGGACUAAGCCUUGCAAAAGAUGGUGCUUGGAUGGAGUCAAGUUUUGGUGGAGGCACGAUAAUUGGCUUGCUUGAUACCGGAGUCUGGCCCGAGAGUCCGAGCUUUAGUGAUCAUGGGAUGCCUCCAGUCCCCAAGAAGUGGAAAGGGUUAUGUCAAGAAGGGGAGAAGUUUAGUUCCUCGAAUUGUAAUAGGAAGAUCAUUGGUGCUAGGUACUUCAGUAGAGGCCAUCGCGUGGCUUCUGCAGCUUCGUCUCUGGAUAGUGUUGCAGAGUACAAAUCAGCGCGAGACUCUCAUGGUCAUGGGACUCAUACUGCAUCAACUGCUGGUGGCUCUGCGGUUCCUAUGGCAAAUGUGCUUGGGAAUGGAGCAGGGGAGGCUCGAGGAAUGGCCCCGGGUGCUCACAUUGCUGUAUACAAAGUUUGUUGGUUCAGUGGCUGUUACAGCUCAGAUAUACUUGCUGCAAUGGAUUUUGCUAUUAGAGAUGGAGUUGAUGUGCUCUCGCUUUCCCUAGGCGGCUUUCCAGUUCCGCUUUAUGAGGACAAUAUUGCUAUUGGUAGUUUUCGUGCAAUGGAGCAUGGAAUUUCAGUCAUCUGUGCAGCUGGAAAUAAUGGACCAAUGCUCAACUCAGUUGCCAAUGAAGCUCCUUGGAUCGCGACUGUUGGUGCUAGCACACUAGACCGGAGAUUCCCUGCCAUAGUCCGUCUAGGCAAUGGAAAGCUCCUCUAUGGGGAAUCCAUGUACCCGGGGAAGAAUAAUUCAAGCGCUGAGGAACAGUUUGAGCUUGUUUAUCUAGCUGACAGCCAAUCUGGAGGUGACUACUGCAUGAAGAAUUCUCUUCGACGAGCAAAAGUUCAAGGUAAAAUGGUGGUCUGUGAUCGAGGUAUCAAUGGAAGGGCAGAAAAAGGUCAAGUAGUGAAGGAAGCUGGCGGUGCUGCUAUGAUCCUAGCAAACACAGAGAUAAAUUACGAGGAAGACUCUGUCGAUGUCCAUGUUCUGCCAGCCACAUUGAUAGGAUUCACAGAAUCCGUACAAUUGAAAAAAUAUAUUAGUUCUACAAGAAAACCUCGGGCUAAAAUCAUUUUUGGAGGAACUAGCAUUGGAAAAUCAAGAGCACCAGCAGUAGCUCAGUUCUCGUCGAGGGGUCCAAGUUUUAUGGACCCUUCCAUUCUGAAACCAGAUAUGAUAGCUCCAGGGGUCAACAUCAUCGCGGCCUGGCCUCAAAACCUGGGCCCUGCUGGAAUACCAGAAGAUUCUAGAAGAGUGAACUUCACUGUCAUGUCAGGGACUUCCAUGGCUUGCCCUCAUGUCAGUGGACUCACAGCGCUGAUCCACUCAGCUCAUCCAAACUGGACACCAGCUGCAAUCAAAUCCGCGUUAAUGACAACUGCGUACAUAACUGACCAUUCAGGAAGGCAGAUCAUGGAUGGGGAUCAGCCUGCAGGGCUGUUUGCAAUCGGAGCUGGACACGUAAAUCCAACAAAAGCCAUUAGUCCUGGACUGAUAUACGACAUCAGCCCAAACGACUACGUGACACAUUUAUGCACACUUAAAUACACAAGCUCUGAUAUCUUCCUGAUCACUCACAGGAAUGUGAGCUGCAUUGAUAUAAUGCACAAGAACAAGGCCUUCAGCCUCAAUUAUCCUUCCAUAACCGUCGUUUUCAGGCCUAGAACGAAGAGUAAGAUGAUUAAAAGACGAUUGACAAACGUGGGGAGUCCUAAUUCCACCUACUCUGUGGAAGUCAAGCCACCAGAGGGAAUCAAAGUGAGAGUUAGACCACAAAGGCUGAUUUUCAGACAUAUGAACCAGAGUUUAAGUUACAGAGUCUGGCUUAUAUCGCGGAACAGGACAGCUUCGCGGAGGUUGAGCAACAGCCACGGGUAUCUCUCAUGGUUUAGCUCACACAAUAGUCAUGCCAGGAUCAGGAGCCCUAUAUCAGUGACUUGGGAUAAGUGAUAAAAUAAAUUAUCUAUUGACGUUUGAAGUUCAGUCGAGACUUUAGCCUACACGGACUCCCCUUAGUUCGGCCCUCAUAAGUGAUGAUGUUGCUGUGGUAAC